UAUGAGGGAAGGGUUGGUAUAUAUGCCAGCCAAUUAGAUCAUUGCUAACGUCUAAAGUUAAUUUACCAUAUCGAAAACUAGUCUACCAGAGGUUCCUCGCAGAGUACUGCAUAGUUGGUUUGUUUUGGCACAGUGAACUCAUUUUAAUGUCCGCACAAUUCGUCGCUGUGACUUUGACCGCAGUGAAGGUAUGAAAGACAGUGAAAGGCGUUUUUUAUAUUUUUCUCUUUUUUUUUCUACUCCAUAAUAUGGCCGAUUCUAUUUCAAUUGAAGAAACAAAUGCUUUGCGUGCAAAAUUGGGACUUCCUCCUUUAGCUGUAGAGGAAUCUGACGAAGAAACAAUUGAUCCUGAAAGAGAAGCUUAUGAAAACUAUCAAAGGCAAAAAGAAGAUCAAGAUAGAGCCAAACGUGAAGAAGAAGCUAAGAAAAAGUCUGAAAGAUUGGAAAAUCGUAAAAGAAGCUUGGCAAAGCUUCAAGGUAAAGGUCUAGGUGAAGCAAGCGAUGAUGAGGAUGACAGUGCACUUAAUUGGGUUAAAAAAAGUAGAACGAGAGAAAGAGAGUUAGCAGAAAAACGAGCUCGUGAGAUUGAAGAAAUGGACAACACAUUCCAAUCUGCCAAUUAUGACGCCUCGCAUCUCAGUGGUCUCAAAGUCAGUCAUUCUAUAGCUGAAUUCCAGGAAGGUAGUGAGACCAUCUUGACAUUAAAAGAUCGAAGUAUUCUGGAAGAAGAUGAAGCUGAUGAAUUAACAAACGUUAAUAUUGAAGACAAGGAGCGUGUAAAGAAAAAUCUUGAAGCUAAAAAACAAAAACCUGGAUAUAAUCCAUAUGAUGACGACCAGUUUAAUGGAAGCAAAAAAAGUAUCUUACCACAAUAUGAAGAAGAGGAACAAAAUGAAGGAUUUGUCAUUGGAAACUCUGGAGUAAUAGCAUCCAAAGACAACGACUCAAAGGAGAACCAACAAACGAUUUCCCAAAAACUGAAAGAACAGACAUUAAAUUAUGAAAAAAUGCAAGAAAUAAAGGAUUAUUACACUCAAGAAGAAAUGGAGGCAACCUUUAAGAAGCCCAAAUCUAAGAAGAAGAAGAAGAUGAGAAGAAAGAAUAAUGAUGACGCUGAGGAUGUGGGUGUUGCCACCACUCAAACCGCUAGUGAUAAUACUCCAUCUGUAAAUCAGUCGAUAGCUUCCAGAGUACGUACUCAGGAUCCUGAUGCUAACUUUGUGGACGAUGAUGACCUUCAAGAGGCCUUAGCUCGAGCAAGACGAGUGGCCAAUAAGCAGAAAAAUAAAUUGCUCAAGAAGAUGACGCCUGAAGAAAUUGCAAAGCAAAUCCGAGAGCAAGAGGCAAAUGAAAUGAAGGUUGAAGAAAACGACGAAGGUGGACUUGUCUUGUCUGAGACCUCAGAAUUUGUCAGCUCAAUUGGUGCAAAUAUCCCAUCAUUUGCGGAAGAUAAACCGGUCAAGAGAGAGCCUGAGCCCCCAGUUAUCAAAGAAGAGCCAAUAGAUGAAGAUAUAAGCGUCACAUAUAUUAAACCAGAGCCAGCUGAUGAAGAUAUGCAUGAAGCUAAUGAAGUUGAAGAUGAACCUAUGGAAGAAAUUAAAGAGGAAUCUCCAGUGAAUAUCAAAGAGGAGCCUAAAUAUGAAGAAAUUAAAGAAGAGCCCAUUAUCGAAGAGCCCUUGGUGAGUGGUGGCCUUGCUGCUACGCUAGAGUUACUCACUCAGAAAGGAAUGAUUGCAAAACCUAACGAAGAGCAACUUAAGCGUGAUAGAAUAGCAGCAGAACAAAUUCGAUGGCAAAAUGAACAACGAAAGAAAGAACACCGUCGUAUGCUUGAAGAACAAAAGGAGAAAGAACGACGCCGAGAUCAUGGUCGUGAUAGAGAUUAUAAUCGUGACAGGAUGAGAGAAAUGGAGCGUGAAAGAGAAAGAGAACGUGAACGAGAGGAAGCCAAGAGGCUCAGGGAAUUUGAAUUGGCUAUGCAGAAUUAUAAACCUGAAGUACACUUGGAAUACACCGACAACAAAGGACGUGUUUUGAAAACAGCAGAGGCUUUCAGGUUUAUGUCGCAUCAAUUCCACGGCAAGACCUCAGGCAAAACAAAGACAGAAAAGAGAAUGAGAAAGAUUGAAGAAGAGCAUCGAUUGAAUAUGAUGAGUAGCACGGAUACGCCACUUAAUCUGGCGACUGCUUUACAUGAAAGACAGAAACGUUCGGGCAGCGCACAUGUUGUUUUAAGCGUGGGUAAUCGCGGUGUUGUUCCCUCUACAACACCACUAACUGGUGAAAAGCAAAAGCCUGCAAAGAAACAAUAAAUAACUAGCAUCAUUGCUUUAGCAUUUAAAAAACCAA